CUCAUGUUCUGACAGAUUAGAAAGAUGAUUAAGAUCUUGGUUUUUUUGGGCUGCUGUAUUAUUGUUUCUGGAACGUCAUCCAAUCAAGUAAAACAAAAACGGAGUUUGUUUGGUGAUAUUAGAAUAUCAAGCUCUUUACCUACAUCUAGCUAUGGAUACGGUCAUCCAUGGUCUCGAAGCAGAAAUCCUUGGAAAAGUCUUAAAAUAACAUCCGAUUUGUAUGACUCGAGUCCUGGUUUAAUAUAUGGAAGUGCACGACCAUCUCCACCGAUAUCAAGUCCCUCAGUUGUAUUAACAAAACAUGUGAUUGUUGAAAAACCAGUGCCUGUACCUGGACAACCUGUUGUACUUGAAAAGCAAGUGCACGUACCUGUUCCUGUUGAAAAAAUUGUUCCUGUAACAGUAGAAAAAUCUGUACCCGUUGCAGUACCACAGAUCAUCCCAUAUCCAGUUGAACGACCAUCACCAAUUCGUCAAAUCGGAAUUCCGGUACCUAUCUUCAUUGCUCCUCAAGGACUUUUGUUUGGAUCUGGAUCAGCACCAACGAAUGGACCACCAGCUCCCAGUCCUACAGUACCACCGCCACCACCACCAUCUCCGGCUCCUGCUCCAGUUCCUAUACAUCAUUUACCACGUCCAGAUCUGGUUCAACAACCCGUUCAAAGUCAACAACAAGCUUCAUCUGUACAACCGAUUAGUCUUUCUGUGAGUGCCGGAUUAUCAGGAAUUCCAUUCCAAAUACCUGUGCAAAUGUUAUCAAACAAUCAAGUACCCGUACAGAUAAUGUCAAAUAACCAAGUGCCACUCCAAAUGAUACCGAGUCAUUCAGUUCCUAUUCAAGUGAUACCAAGUUCUUCAAUACCUGUUCAAGUGCUAGCAAGUAAGCCUAUUAGUCGUGGAAUUGUUCAUGGUUUAGAUUCUAGCUAUAUUCAGCUACCGACACUUGACACUGCUCCUGAAAGUGUUCAAAGUAACAGUCUUUCAGGUGUUGAAACUUUUUUACCAGAUGACUGGAAAUAUGAUUAAAAAAUUUGUGAUUAAAUAUGAAUAAAACUCAUAAUAAUUAUACUUAUAUAAACUACUUAUAGA